AUAGAAUUACUAUCUCCGUCUCACUCUCUUUGUCUAUUUUUGACUUUUGGAACUGUUCAUCUAAUUACUUUGAACAUCAAAUUCUCUCAAUGUGUAAGCCUAAAUAUAGUCAUGUGUGAUCUUGUUUGAUUUGUCUUAACAUAUAGAUUAUUAAUAUAUAAUUUCUAUAAUUUUUUAAUAUACAAAUUACAAGAUAAAAUGGAUUAAAGAAGUGCAUUGGAUGGUGUGCCAAAAGGACAUAAAUUUGAGGACAAUGUUUGGUGUGGGGAGACAUGAAGGAGGAUUGUACUAUUUGAAGAAGGAGGAAAGAAGCAUGGUGUGCAGUGAUAAGAAGGUGAAUUCCUUUGAUCUUUGGCAAAAGCAUCUAGGACAUCCUUCUUCGCAUGUUUUGUCCUUAGUUCCCGGAGUUGGUGAAAUCCCAGAUGAGAGUGGAUCGAGUAGUUCUCCUUCGAUCGAUCACUUUGAAAAUGAUGAAGAGAUGCCCGCGGAAGGGCAGAUAGACCGUUCCACGAGGAACGGUCGGCCGGGGGAAGGUGGCGAAGCAGACAGGCUACAGACGGUCGACCUGAUGGACUGUUCUGAUGUCAACGGACAACCAUCUGAGAGGCAGAAAGAUGGGUUCUGUGGAGAUGAACAAACGGCCGACCUAGUGGACCGUCCUGAUAUCCACGGUCGACCGUCCGAGAGGCAGAAUGACGGAACUGUUGUUCACCGGAGUAUUCAAAAACUCGUCAUCAAAAAGUUCCACAAAUUCAUGAAGAAGGAAUUUGAGCAGAAGGGAAGGAAGCACGACGGUCCUCCUAAGUGCUACGACUAUGGCGAGAUUGACCACAUCAAGCCGAGGUGUCCAAAAGCCAAGCACGGCAAGGACAAGCCCGGCUUCAAUAAGCAUAGAGCUUACAUCUCUUGGGGUGGCGAUUCCAAUGACGAAUCAACCGACCAAGAGGAGGACGAAGCUGCAAACCUUUGCCUCAUGGCGCACGAAGAUCAAAGCGACGACGUCCAAGAGGCCUAUAGAGUCUUUAAUAAACGUACUCUGACUAUUGAGGAGUCCUCUCAUGUUGUGUUUUCCGAAGAUAAUGCUCGCCUGGUGAGAAAGGAUAUAUGUGAUGAUCUUGCAGAUUCGCUUGAAAGAAUACACGUUGAAGAUGAUGAAGCAGACAUGCCAAUAUACACCAACCCGCAGCCGCAAACUGAGGAAACACCUCAAGUGACUGUUGAAAAUGAAGAAGAUCAAGAGGACGAAGAAGUACACGAGGAAGCCCAUGAACAAGAAGAAACCGAGCUUCUAGUCGCAUGGAGAAUGAACAAGAACCAUCCGCUCGAUCAGGAAUUCUCCAAGUUAAUGACUAGCGAAUUUGAAAUGUUAAUGAUGGGCGAGCUCACGUUCUUUUUGCUACUUCAAGUGAAGCAAAUGAGUGAUGGCACAUUCAUUUGCCAAACUAAGUACUGCAAAGAACUCCUAAAACGUUUCGAAAUGGACAACGCCAAAGCCAUGGUGACCCCGAUGAGCACAUCCGACCAUCUUGACAAAGACGAGAAAGGUGGUCAAAAAAAGCUCUCCCGCACCAGCAAGAACGUGGCUUCCACCUCGGCUCCUCCACCACCGACGCACAAGUACCUCGACGGGUCGUUCCUUUGGUUCAACGACCGCGCAGAGGCGACGCGGUUCUCGGAGAAGUUUGAGCACCGGGAAAUUCUUCCUCCCCGGUUCUCCAUCGCCCGCUUCAUUCACGAUUCCAUUCCUCGAGAGGCACAAAUUAUCCUCGAGCGUGGAAAUUUCCUCGAUCUCCUCUACAUCAAGAAGGCUCACUAUCAACCCUUUCUCGUUCGAGCUUUCUACUCGAACUUGACAAAGGAUAAGGACGGAGCGUUGAUUUCAAACGUCAGCGGAGUGGAUAUCUAUUUGAAUGAGGAGAACAUUCAAAUACUCACCGGGCUUCGUCGGAAUGGAGAGGAUCUCGGUCUCUACGUCGGAGAGGGAGGGGCACGGUUCAACGAAACCGCCCUCUUGGAGGAAGUGGGAAUCCGAAACUUCGCCCCCCACUCUCCAACAGCGGCACCCGACGAUUACUUCCAUGAAUCCCGUGUUUCGAUUCAUAUUUUAUGUCUUGACACAAAUCCUCAAGCCAAGGAACGCCACCUCCGACGAUCGGCCGCUCCCUACGCCCUCUUUGUCAUGGUGAUUCUUGAUGAGUACAACAUCAAGACCGACGUUGGGGCGAAGAGAAGGGGGACAAAGCAUUGGGAGAUUGAUGAAUCCUCCUUUCACUCGGGCACCGACGAGACUCCGUUUCGACAGCCUCGUCCACGAUGCCAACCAAGGGAUGCUUCUUCAAACACCCCAUCUCUAGACGAGCAAAUGGCCUCCUUGACAACCACCCUUUCUCGGAUAGACACCAACGUCUCCCAAACGGCCCAAAAUGUCAAUAUUUCAAGCCGUGAGCUCCAUGGGUAUUUUGACUUUGUCAACUACCCUUAUGCUCAAAUGGUCUCCUAUGCUCCUCCACCGAAUCUCGGGGGUGAACCAAGCGGGACUAACAACGUUGGUGGAGAAGAAGAGGUGAACGAUGAGGAAGAAGAGGAAGAGGAAGCCGAAGAAGAAGAAGAAGAAGAAGAAGAAGAUGAUGAUGAUGAUGAUGAUGAGGAAAAGGAAGACAUCAACGAAGAACAACUCCUCGAUGAUCUUUCACUGGAUUUCUAGAGCUCUAGCUCUUUUCUGUUCUCUUCUUUAUUUAUUUUUAUGCUUUUUAAAAUUUGCUUCCGUUAUGUACUCUGCUAUUUCCCUUAUUUUAAAAAAUUAAAAAUCUUUAUGGUUUUUAAAUCUUUUUGUUAAUGUCAAAAGGGGGACGAUAAGGGCUAUGCAUAUCUUAAGGGGGAAUUUUUAUUAAGGGGGAAUUUCUUUCAAAAAGAUUAAAACCCUAUGCAUAUCCCCGUCUUGUUUUCCAUUAUCAAAAAGGGGGAAAUUGUUGGAACACACUUUUUAUUACGUUAAACUAAAGUCGUGUUCAUUUC